ACAUGUAUGUAUAUUCUGGUUCUACAGAAUUUUGCUUCCUGCAGGUUGGAGUUGAAGGAGUAUUGGCGUUCGCAAUGGCGAUGGCGGUGUAUUGGCUCUUCUUACUUUCUUCCUUGUUUGUACUUCGCGCGGAUGCUAAGGAAGCCGGUUUCGAUGUGCGGAGGCAUCUCUCCACUGCCGCCAGAUAUGGUGUGGUGAAAGAUGUGGCGAGCAAUGGAUUUGUACCGUCUGAAAUACCAAACGGGUGUGAUGCCAUACAUUUGAAUCUAGUGGCGAGGCAUGGAACUCGAUCUCCUACUAAGAAACGAAUGAGAGAGUUGGACCAUCUGUCUGCUCAUAUAGGAGAACUUAUAAGAGAUGCUGAAGAACAGAAUUUAUCUCUUAAACAAGUCCCUGAUUGGUUGCGAGGAUGGAAAUCUCCUUGGAGAGGAAAGUUGAAAGGGGGAGAGUUAAUUUCCAAGGGAGAACAUGAGUUGUAUGAUCUUGGAAUUAGGGUUCGAGGAACAUUUCCCGAUUUGUUCGAUGAGGAAUACCACCCUGAUGUUUAUGUGCUCAAGGCAACACAGGUUCCUCGGGCAUCAUCUAGUGCUGUGGCUUUUGGAAUGGGCCUCUUUAGUGGAAAAGGGACUCUUGGACCAGGAAAUCACCGUGCAUUUGCUGUCACCAGUGAAAGUCGUGCAAGUGAUAUAAAGCUAAGGUUUCAUGAUUGCUGUGAAAACUAUAAGGACUUCAGGAAAAAGCAAGAGCCCGGUGUUGAUAAACUGAAAGAACCAAUUCUGGAUGAAAUAACUGCCUCCUUGGUGAGCCGCUAUGGACUGAAAUUUACAAGGCAGGACACUGCUUCUCUCUGGUUUCUUUGCAAGCAGGAAGCAUCCUUGUUGGACAUAACCGAUCAAGCGUGUGGCCUUUUCAGCCCUGAUGAGGUUGCUUCAUUGGAGUGGACAGACGACCUAGAAGUGUUCAUUUUGAAGGGGUAUGGUAACUCACUGAACUAUAGAAUGGGAGUGCCACUGCUGAAAGAUGUUCUGGAGUCAAUGGAGGAAGCUAUUAAGGCUAGAGAAGAGAAAUUUCCUCCUGGGAGUUAUGAGAAGGCAAGGCUUCGAUUUGCUCAUGCAGAAACUGUAGUUCCAUUUUCAUGCCUUCUUGGUCUCUUUCUUGAAGGAUCUGAGUUCCUGCAAAUACAGAGGGAACAACCCUUGGACCUUCCUCUGAAGCCUCCUCAAACGAGAAACUGGAGGGGCAGCACAGUGGCACCUUUUGGUGGGAACAACAUGCUGGUUCUAUAUAAUUGUCCUUCAAAUACUUCAAGCCCCUACUUUGUGCAAGUCCUGCAUAAUGAACAUCCCAUUCCUAUGCCAGGUUGCGGCGGUGCUGAUUUUUGUCCAUUUGAAGUUUUUAAGGACAAGAUAGCAGCUCCACAUUUGAAGCAUGAUUAUCAUGUGAUCUGCAAUGUGAAGCCCGAGGCAGUAGAGCAUAGGCCUGUAAGUGGUUAUGCUAAGUUAUCAGCAUUUUUCCGUUGGCUGAUCUGGGGUGAUGAUACGAAGUCCGACAAAGUUGAGCUAUAGUUUGCUAACUGAUUUCAAUGAGGGAAAGAAAAGGUUUCAUUCUCUCAGGUUGCAGGUGCUACUGUUGUAACUUUCACUUCACUUGACUUAUAGCUGCAGCUUGUACCGAGUUCAGGAAAAGAUUUGUGGCUUACUGAGCACCGAGGGAUUUUGCAGCUGGAAUUUUUCUGGUUGUCUCUCAUGUUUGGAUUGGUCAUAUUCUUUCGCUGCUGUGCAGUCAGGUUCCAUAAUCAAGUGCUAAACUGUCGAGAGAGCAGAUUUCGCUAGUUUGGUGAGGAAAUUUAAUUUGUACUCCCCCAUUUUUGGGUCAGCUUUGUAGGGAUGUAAAUGCCAUGACUGGAAUGAUCUAUAGCGUUAAUCAAUUAAUUCCAAUUUUGGCUCUACUGUUUUUGUAAUUACUGUUGGAGACAAGCUCCAGCCUGUUCGAUGGAAUUACAGGAAAACGAGUUCCUCU